AUGAGAAACUUCCUCUGGUCUUCCAAGAGCGGGAAAUCUUCGAGUAAUAAAAAUGGCAAGGACUCCAGUUCGCAUUCUUCUUCGGCAAGAAGAUUACAACUCACAAAUUCUUCAUCAUCUAGCACAAAGGGUAACAACCCAGAACCUGCAUUAUCAUUGUCUGCGUCGCAUUCAUCGGGACUCUCGAGCUAUCUACAAGCUCGCAGUAGCACACAUGGAUCGCGGAACGCCAGUUCCACAGGGCAUUUACCCGCUGAUCCUCCCGGUACCUCGAGAUCCGGUAACGAUUCCUCGAAGGAAAGGUAUAUGAGGAACAAUAUAAGUCAACCACUCGUUUAUUCGACAAAUUCCCACAACAGAUCUGCAACAAGCAUUGUCUCGCUCAAGGAGGACGCUGGUUCCGUUUUAUCUGACGAUGCUAAUAGCGCCGAUGUCGCUUUACACAAAAAAGUUUCUUCGCCAAUUGAUGAAAUGCGCACGAUAAUGACUGCAUCUAACAGAUCAAGCAGCACCAUUGCAUCCGAACAUUCAAAAGAACACGGCAAUCCGAUACCUCUCGUUCCAUCGACCCAGUUGAAAUCCACACUAAAGUCAAAUAUACAUGAGGAGGUGCCAGUAGGAAUCGAAAGGCCUAAGAUGUCGAUAAAGUUGAAUGGAGAAAAUUAUGAUGACACAGUGUUUAAAACUGGUUGGAUUAAUAAAUCUCACGGUCAGAUCAUGGUGCCCAACCCUUCGACCAAGAAUACCAAUACGAAUGGGACCCACCACCAAUCUAGAACGGAGUGGAAAGCUAAAAGAGAAAGCAGAAUGUUUUCGCCGCAAGAAAUGAUGAAUGCGACAAGUUCGAGCUCGAAACUAGAGAUCGACAACGAAACAGUAAUCACAACAACGAUAGACCCAAUCCAUACAGCCAGUACUGGUGGAGACUCUCAAAUCAUGGUUCCAGAUUAUAGAAUAUAUAGGGCCCAGCUAAAGGGUUCUCUUCUCCGUUUGUACAAGAGCGGAAUGACCAAUAGUAUCAAAUCGUUUGACCCAUCAAUGCCAUUGGAAUCGGACACGAACGUCUCUUCUAAUCUUUCUGUCGGUAGCAUGACGCCAGCUUCUCAAAAUGAUCAAGCUUUUAAUAAACGAGCUACAAUUGCUGGCGGAAUCUCAAGACCCACUGCAAACGCAGGACAAAAGCUACCGGUAAACGAUCAAACUGCUAAUAAUCUUCACUUGCGGUAUUUGAGCUGUAAAUUCCCGCAUCCCGAUUUGGAGCUGGACAGAGACUUAGAAAAGCUUACUGGUGGCACAGUGGAAAGUAUUUGUCACACUAUUUUGUUUUAUGACAAUGAGGAUUUUGGGAGAAGUAUUGAACAUCACCAUCACAACCGUAAACCACCUAUCAGUAUUAUGAAUCUUUUGCUGAUGUUACCCCUGAUUAACAAUUUUAUCAAGUUUCUAAACACAUUCAAUCAGAUGGGUUUGACUUUCACUAAACACGACGCAAAGCUAACCUCCCAAUCUACUCAAUAUUGCAAAGUUAGCUCUGAAAUGGAUGAUCUGAUCACAGAACGAUUAGCGUUAGUGAUCAAGACAAUACUCGAUAUGUUUCCCGGUUUUCUUCUUGAUGAUCAAAUGUUCCAAGCAACAAUCAGAUUACUCGACACAAUUUCUCUUCAUAAUGAUGAGAUUUGCAACAGUUUGAAAGUUGCCGUCGCUAAAAAACACAAUGCAUUAAUGUCGCUGACUUACUUCACCCGCCGCAAUUCAGCUGACAAGAACGGUACUAAACAGCCUGUUAACUCCAAGAUGAUUAAUGAGAUUUUAGAUAUCUCACACUUUUUGACUAUGGAUGUGAAAAAUUUUGCCAACGAUAUUCAUCAAAUAAACUUGAAGUUUGAUAAAAUAUGGGCACCGAGAUUGGAUUAUGGGCUGUUAUACUCCUCCAAUUACAUAAAUUCUGAGAUUACUGCACUAAAUCCACUGGUAUUUGAUAACACAAAGAACGUUCAUUUUCUGGGAAGGCUAUUGAUAUCCCACUUAUUCCCCACUGAUCCUUCAGUGUCUCGCACGGACCCAAAACUAAGAGCUAAAAUUUUAACGAAGUGGGUUCAUAUUGGCUGCAGACUGGAACACUUGGGUGAUAUGGUAUCAUGGUUGACAAUUGCAACAAUAAUAUGUUCUAUUCCGAUACUAAGAUUACAGCAAUCAUGGCAAUUUGUUCCAGAAUCUGUACUGAAAAUUAUUCUCAAAGACUGGGUGCCUACAAUUAUACAGCUCGAUAGAAGACAGAUGUCGUCCAAAUCCACAAACAGCGUUUUCAUUCUAGCGCCACCAAAUUUAGAUGAUCCAUUUAUAAGAGCGAACGUUAUUUCGUAUUUCGGGGACUUAAUCAUCAAUGUGAACAAUUUGCCGACGAAAUCCAAUUUACGAUACUUGGAGAAGAAAAUAAGCCGCACGAAAAAUGCAUUCCACAAAUGGGAACAAAGACUAGAGUCAGUUGAUUCUACUAAUAAUUUUACACAACCUCCACCUGAAAUGGAGAACUCCUACAAAACGGAUCCUUCUUCAAGUGUCCUCUGGAAUUUCUGGAAGCACCACGUUGCCCAAUCUCCACUCAAUAUAAAAGGUAUAAUGGAAUUGAGUUUGAAAUUCGAACCGCCGGUUAUAGAUCAGCUGUCAUAUAGCAAAAUUGGCGCAGAGCGGAGUCCAUUAUUGACUGGUAGUUAUCUGCCUGUUCUAUUCAACGAGUUGUUACCCAAUUAUGUUCUAUUCCCUAAAAUUUCGUUAAUAGGUGCAGCUGGUACGAUAGUGAAUGGUACCAUUGUUUAUCCACCACCAAGGUCGUCCGCUAGACUUUCUACGGCAAACCCAAUUAAUCAGUCUAUGUCUCGAGAACCAAGCAUGGACAGUUCGAAAAGUGCUGGAACAGUUACCGGAAUUGAGAAUAUUGAUGUCCCGACCGUCCAGGAAUUGUCCACAAAACAAUCCACGAAACAGAUGCUCAUGAAGUCUAUUCGAGAUGUUUUCAAUAUCGAUACAGACCUUUUCAACAUAGCUGAUGACUUGGUAUUCAAGUCUACGAAUUCGGUAUCAGAGACCUCAAGACCAGUCAGUGUUGUCGUAGAAUCACCAAAACGUUUUUCUCAGCAAUCAGCUAGUAAUACGAAAACACGAAGCUCGCAAGAUGUGAGUGGGCAUUUGAGCAGAACUUUGCAAGAUAUGGACUUCUUCAAGAGUAUUGGCGAUAUUUCAGAUCCAACGUUGCAAAAAACAGUUAUAAAUGUUGUUUUGAAAAGUGCUUCUCUUAACAAGAUAUUUGAUUUGCUGGUUCUAACGGUCAAUGUGUUUUCAAAACUUAUCCAGACUUCGGACUUUGAAAAUUACUGCUCUCACGAGAAGAAAAGAGUAAGUUCGGUAAACAGUAACUCCUCGGAUUCAGUGAGACUAAUCGAUUUCGCGUUUAUUAAAUUGGCAAUGGAUAGUGAUGUAUUCACGGAAACCUUUUUCAAUACAUACAAAAGCUUUACCACUACAUCGAACGUGCUUGAAAACUUGGCCAAACGUUUUAUUGGGGCGAAAAGCUGUGCGUAUGUUUUGUUAAAAUUGUUGGGGACGAGUGAAAGUGCAGCAAGCGCUGAAAGCAUCGAAUUUCCUGUUUGGGAUGCAACGGUACCGAAGGAUACUGCUUUGAAUACUGCCUUCAUAAUCAAGAUACAAGUCGGCGCCGCAGAGGCUCUUCUUCAUAUGAUUAUAAACCAUUACAAUGAUCUGACAGACAAUCUGGAGAAUCAUUCCACGAUGUUGGAUAUUUUCAAAAUUAUGGACCAAGAAAUUUCAGUUGAGUGGCCCAAGAAAAUUUCAUCUAUGAAGGGGCAUUCUGACGGGUUUAAUGAGGAGAUAGCCGACACCGAGAUAUUCCACGAGAAAUUGCGUGAAGUAUUCAACAGCGCGAAAUCAAAUUAUCAGAAGAGACUUUACAGGCCUGUUGGGAUCAGUAAAAUGAGAAGGCGCAUAACCGAGCAGCUAGAAUUGUUCAAGCCUGUCUCAUUUGAGCAGCUAGUUGAUUUAUGCUGUAAACCUGGUAGUAAUGGCAAUUUAUGUGCUGAAUUUGGUAACUUGAGAUUUGAAGGAUACAAGGAGAUUAUGGAUUGGGUUUCUCAUUUGGAUGAUAUUAUUACCGGCACUUUCAAAAUGGUGAGCAAACAUGAAUGGGUUGAAGUGUAUCAAAUACUGGAACUGACAUCAAAAAAAUCAUUGACCUCGUUUUUUGCCUACCCUCAGUUCACUAGAAGCGUUGAGGCCAUUGGUUUCGGUUCUCCUCACUUGAAUGAACUUGAAAUAUCCAGUAUAUUCAGCUGGAUUUCUACUUUGGUUGACCCACUGGACACGAGGGGGCAUGAAACUGUUUUCGCUAAACUACCGCAAUCCGUGCAACUUUUGGUUAAGUUACAUUCCUCGCUGGUUUCAUUUUUUAUCAUUCAGGUGAUUAAUCCCUCGAAAGCGCUGCACGAUCGAAUUGAAACAUGUUGCGUGAUGCUGCAGCUAUUAAACUAUGUGCGCUGGAAAAAUGACUCCUUAAAUCUUUUCGAUUUUGACCUUACUAGUAAUCUAUCCCCACAUAUACCUUCCUUCAUUGAGACAGCUAUAUGUGACAGCAUCCUAUCUCCAGAAAGUAGGGCUUUUGAACAUUGCUGGGUUGCAGCGGCUGAGAAACUACAUGGUAAAGAGAACAAAGAGAUUAAAUCAAUUAAGGAUAUUAUAGACCACUUAGAUCCAAGUUUUAUCAAGCACUUUAUGGAUAUUGACAGUGGUUAUCUGACAAGUAAACCCAGUUUUUGUCCCUGUCCUGGUUGGUUCAUUUCAAGGCUGCUGGAUAUUUCCCAAUUUGUCCCCAAUAUGAGCACAUCUAAUUCAAAGCUAAUAAAUUUUGAUAAAAGGAGGUUCGUCAACAAUAUCAUCUGCAAUGUUGCGGACAUUGGCUCUCAGUUGAGUGGAACUGGUCAGGAUUACAGGCGAAACAAGAUUGCAUCAGAUUGGGUAGCACUACUGUUUAAUGAUUUUAAAGAUCUAGACAACUCCCUGAGAAAGCGUACUUUUGUUCUUGCUUCCGCGGAGGCUAAGAUGAUGAAAUUCCAGGAAAUUGGUUUAUUCACUGACAUUCUCUCUAACGAAGUAGGCAAGCUUAGAAGAGACCAGAAGAAACUGGAACUUUUGAACGCUCAAGAGACGUAUUCGAAGCCUGUUGGUGAAACUCAGUCAAACUUGAACAGAAAGGAAAAAGAUUUCGUUUUACCUCCCCAUAAUCGCACUUCUCCGACAAAUGUCGCAAAAAGUAUUUCUACUCAGCAGAUUUCGUCUCCCGUUUUGAGAAAUAAACGGAGCUCUGUUAUGUCUACCAUGAACAGAAACUCGAGUGCGAAUACUUCUAACAGUUCUGGUGUUAGCAAAAAAAUUGGUGGGUUUUUUAGAAGGCCUUUUUCUAUUGCAGGUUUCAAUACAUCCAGCUCCAAUUACUCAUUGAAUAGUUCCCUUUCUCAGGAAAAUGCUAGUAGAAAAGCGAUAGAUCCAACGCUAUUACCGGAAUUGAACAACAACGAGCUUAAUGACUCAAAACCUGUCUAUUCCAUCAAGACAUUUGAAAUUAAGAACAUUAUGGAAGUCAUUAACCACAGAAGAAAUAGCUUUCUCUUGUAUGCCUUCAAGAUUAUUAUGCAGGAUGGUUCUGAACACAUGAUACAGGCAACAAACUUGGCUGAUCAAAAUGAAUGGAUUAGAACGAUUAGGUGGUCGAAAAGGUAUGCGUUCCAUUCCCAAAAGUUUGGGGGGAAGACCCACAACAAAAUUUUUGGUGUUCCGUUAGAAAGUGUUUGUGAACGUGAAGGAACAACGGUCCCAACGAUUAUUGUUAAACUGCUAGAAGAGAUUGAGUUGCGUGGGCUAGACGAAGUCGGUCUUUACAGAAUUCCUGGCUCCGUCGGUAGUAUCAACGCUCUGAAAAACGCGUUUGAUGAGGAAGGUGCGGUAAAUAUAAGUUUCACGUUGGAAGACGACAGGUGGUUUGAAAUCAAUGCAAUUGCUGGUUGUUUCAAAAUGUAUCUGAGAGAGCUGCCUGAUUCCUUGUUCUCUAAUGAGCUACUUGGGGAUUUCGCACAUCUAGUCCAGCAAUACAAAGCCAGGCAAAUUUCAUACAGUGAAUAUAGGAGGAGGAACGUUGACAUGCUGCACAUCCUACCUGUAUGCUAUUUUGAGACCAUGAAGCGGAUUGUAUAUCAUCUGAACAAGGUUCAUCAACAUGUUGAUAACAAUAGAAUGGAUGCUUCUAAUUUAGCAAUUGUUUUCUCCAUGAGUUUCAUAGAUCAAGAGGAUUUAGCAAACAGUAUGGGUCCAACAUUGGGUGCUGUGCAAUCUAUUUUACAAGAUUACAUUAAAAAUCCCGGGGAAUUUUUUACCUGA